UUGGCACAAACAGCACGCUUUCUCUCUUUCAGAAAACUGGUGAAGAAUGCCUCCACUGCUAUCGACCAGAUAUCAGUAUGUCUUCCGGUACUGGAAAAUUAUGCCAAGUUACAGGAACUUAUGCAACUUAAAAAGUAUUACCAAGCUUUGAAGGUCUUGGAGGAACUUGAACAUACCCACUUAGCUCUAGUUGAAAAGUAUCGCUUUACCCAGAUUCUAGCGAAGACCAUGGCUCCGGUACGCAACGAGAUUAAAGCUAAGAAUUCAAAGACUUUCCUCGAAAAUGUCAAGAAGGUUGCAUGUAGGAUUGGAAGGCAUGCCAGUAGAUGUACCGCCGAGCAGCACUCUUUCGGUGUCAGUGAAGCGGAGAGAGCACGUAGACUACAACAAGAGGCUAAGCAGUGUUGCCAGAUUUUCAAUGUAUUAGGGGCCAAGGAAGAAUUUGAUGUUUAUUAUCGUCAACAACGAAAAGACCAGUGUGAUCUCGUCAUUGAGCCACCAUCCAAGAUGAAUUCCCUGAAACACUACGUGGACUAUCUUGAUGAAAUCAUUGGCUUCUUCGUGGUGGAGGACCAUAUAAUCAUCACGGAGCCAACUCUCGCCACAUCUUCCCACAAGGAUCAACUGUGGGAGAGCGCUCUCAAGAAGAUUGUCCAUACUAUGAAUAGCCGUUUCGGAGGAUGCCCUGAUGUCGAGAUGAUGCUACGAAUGAAAAAAGUUAUUCUUUUAUUUGCAUUAACGAUGAAAUCAUACGGGUAUGGCAUUGCUCCGCUCUAUUCGUUGCUGCAGAAUUUCAGAGAUCAAUACAAUGAGAUCCUGAUGAGCGAGUACUGCGCUCAAUUUGAGCGUGAUCUUGAGAAGGAUAACUAUGCACCGAUAAAUGUGGAAAAUGAAGAACAGUUCCGAGCGAUUAUAAAAGAGUUUCCUUUCUACAAGAGGAGCAUGGAACAGGAACCAUUCCCUCGAAAAGUUCGCUCUUACUCACGAUUCGUUGUCUCUGCCUAUUCCAAGGCUAAGCUGUACCUUCAAGGCUGCUUGAAGUUUAUGGAACAUCUUCAGCUGACACAUUCUGAAAUGGAUGACACUUUGGUCCAAAUCACAAUCAACAUUGGUUAUCUGGAGAAAUCAUGCGAGUCUUUGGGAGUAUACAUCACGAAGUUAACGAGCGGUAACGAACUGAAUGUGGAACAGCAAAUCGAAGUUUGUAUUCGAGAAAAGGUUGAUGCUUUCAUCGAAUUGGCGCAGUACGACUGGGAGCUUCCUGCUUCAUCGGGCCAUGCUUCCGACUACAUUAGUGAUUUGAUUAACUAUUUAUCAACUACAUUUCUAUCUUUCACGAAUUUGCCAUCGGUGCUGGCUCGCCACGUUUGCAUGCAGACAUGCAAACAUUUGUCGUCAAGGCUUUCGGAUGUGUUGCUGUCUCCUGAUGUUAAAGCCAUAUCCAUGGGAGCCUUGGAACAAUUCAGCUUAGAUGUUAUGCAGUGUGAAAUGUUCACAGCAAGGUGCCCUGUCGCCGGUUUUGACCACAAUACGCUUCCAAUGACCUUCGCACACCUAAGGCAGUUGUUAGAGCUAGUGAUGAGUAACGAUUGGACCUCGUAUCUUGCCGAGUAUGGACAGGAAAAUGGCACAUAUGUCCGUGUUAAUGCAAACACCGCAACACAGCUUCUAGAAAAAAUGAUCGAAUUCGAAAAGAAGAGCUCCGGUUUCUUUGCUAUCAAUAAAGGCGAUCGAAAGAAACUCUUGGAUACUAUCAUUCGACAGUUAAGAGCGUUGUCCGCUCAAUAG